CCGUUAGGAUUGGUAGGAGCAGUUUCCACAGAGGUCAGUAAGAUUCUGGCUGCUCUCCUCCCCCUGCCUGAGAAUGUGUGUGUGAGAGGGAGAGUGUGAGAUGACUGCAAAGAACUGAGGGGACGGAUGGCGAAUCUCACCCACUCCGGCAGCAGCAGUAGCAAGAGGCAGCCUGGCAUGUUCUCUUUGCCUUCUUUCGGCUGCAGGGAGAGCUCGCUAGUGGCAGGCACGGGCAGGCAAGACAAGCCGAGGAAGAAAUCGUUCUAUUUAGUGAGGCUGAAGCCACUUAAAGAGCCCGUCAACAACAACAACGUGUCCUUUGUCAUCCACUGUCACAUAGGCAAGGAGAUCAAGCACAUUUGCAGCAACUGCAGUCGCGGGGAAGAAGCCCGUGAAGCUGAAGAGGUGGAAAGGCUGGCAGCUAUGCGUUCCGAGUCUCUAGUCCCAGGGACCCACACUCCACCAAUCAGACGGAGGAGUAAAUUUGCAACUUUAGGAAGACUUUUCAAACCUUGGAAGUGGAGGAAAAAGAAAAGUGAAAAGUUCAAGCAGACAUCUGCAGCUCUGGAAAGGAAGAUAUCUAUGAGACAAAGCAGAGAGGAACUCAUCAAGAGAGGAGUCUUGAAAGAAAUAUACGACAAAGAUGGUGACUUACAUAAUGAAGAUGGAUUAAUGGAGAAUGGCCAAGGUGUUGGCAGCGGUUCCUUGUCGCUUCCCAUCAUAACAGAGCUAGAAUCGACUUCUAUGGCAGGAGAUACUUGUGCAUAUGAAGUGCUUCCAACCUCUGAACUCAUGGAUGGGACAGUGUCUGAAGAUCUGUCGUCUGAGCCAGGAUCUCUAUCCCAAGAUCCAUCAUACAAGCCAACCAUGCUACUGCCCCCCAAAAAAACUGUGGGUUUCCCAGUAGACCAAGAGGACACCCCUGUGAAACAAAUAACACUGCUCAAGCAACCCCCUGCCCUGCCUCCCAAACCUAUAUCCCGAAUUGCCAAUUAUAUAGCAGACUCCGGUGCACCUGUGAAACUGCCUUGUAUGCCAGGGAAAAUGUCUCCUCCACUACCUCCAAAGAAAGUCAUGAUCUGCGUGCCAUUAGGAGGGACAGACUAUCCCCAUGGUCCAUAUUCCAACCAGAGGAGCUCCCAGCAUCAUCACACUGUGCUACCAUCCCAGUUAGCAGCUCAUCAGCAUCAGAUGCAGUAUGGCAGCCAGCAUAUGUCUACAGGAUCCAGCUCCAUACCCAUCCACCCAUCCAUUCCUCCGGGGUGCAGAGUAAUUGAGGAGCUGAAUAAGACACUAGCCAUGACAAUGCAGAGGUUGGAAAGCUCUGGUUUGCAUGGAGGGGAGAGCAUUUCAAAAUCAGGACUCGGCGGCUAUUCCGACAUGAGACAAGUGCCAACAGUUGUUAUUGAAUGUGAAGAUGACAAGGAAAAUGUGCCUCAUGAGACGAGCUAUGAUGACUCUUUGUGCCUGUACUCUAGAGAUGAGGAGGAAGAUGAGGAAGAAGACGAUGAUGAUGAAGAUGAUGAUAGCUCACUAUACACAAAUUCUCUGGCAAUGAAGGUCUUACGGAAGGAUUCAUUGGCAAUAAAGUUAAGCAACAGACCCUCUAAGAGAGAACUGGAAGAGAAGAAUAUACUUCCCAUGCAGACAGAUGAAGAGAGGCUGGAAACAAGGCAACAGAUUGGGACCAAGCUUAUAAGGCGGUUAAGCCAAAGGCCAACAGCAGAGGAGCUGGAACAAAGAAAUAUCCUUAAACCUCGAAAUGAGCAAGAGGAACAAGAAGAAAAGCGUGAGAUUAAGAGAAGACUGACACGCAAGCUUAGUCAAAGACCCACAGUGGAAGAACUAAGGGAGAAGAAAAUCCUUAUCCAUUUCAGCGAUUAUGUGGAGUUGGCAGAUGCACAGGACUACGAUAGAAGAGCAGACAAACCAUGGACUCGACUAACAGCCGCUGACAAAGCAGCAAUUCGGAAGGAGCUUAAUGAGUUCAAAAGUACAGAAAUGGAAGUCCAUGAAUUAAGUAGGCAUUUAACAAGGUUUCACAGGCCCUAGCAUUAAGUUCUACUUGAAUACUUUCCUAUUUCAAAAAGGGAACCACAAGUGCUGGGAUAUUUCAUUUCUCUGUUACUUAAAUGUAAACCUUCAGAACUGCCUUCUUUUAUCAAGAGAAGAAAACAGCAUUUGCAUAAUCUGUAGCGAUGACCUCCAUUGUCACUAGACCUUCAAGAACUGAAGACGUGUCUAAUGGAUUGUGUCAUCGGCCAGCCUGUGGAUCUGUCUUGUCUGUACAAACUCAGCAGAUGUUGUUCUUCCUCGUAUCUUUGGACAUCGGCAUCUCUUGUCUAGGCUGUUGUUUCUGGUUCAUAAGGACAGAACAAGUAAAAGAUUCCAGAGCUGAAAGUCAAAACAGACCUGUGAAGCUUACGUCCACCCUGAUGCAUCAAAGCCAAAUCUAUGUAGGCUUGUUAGUAAGCGACUAGAGAGAGAGAGAGAGAAAGUUGCACUAGUUUUCCUCUUUGAAGCAUUCCUAGUUUAAAGGAUCACAUCUUCCAUGUCCAAGACUGGUUGUUGAUUCUUUAGCCCAUUGUGUCAAAUAGAAUAUGUAACAGCCUGGCAGAAAAACCAAGAGAGUUGAAAAAAUGCAGCUGAAAGGGCCAACAUUGAUGUAGCUUUGAGAACGUGCCACCAAUCUCCAUCAAUAUUUCAUCUUCUCAGUGGUAGAGUCAUCAGGGUCAUUGAAUUAAACUUGAGUCAAGCACUCAUUGAACAGAUGUUUUAGAGCUAUAAAUCACGUGUCAGAUAAAUGUGGCCCCGGUCCAGUCUGCAGCAUACUGUAUAUGAUUAUUUAACCUGCACUGAGCAUUUCAUCGUCUCUCUCCAUAUAAUGGUCUUGCUUAUUCUGGGCUACGACCUUUCUUUUUUUUACUUACAAGCAUAUGUUUGUAUCAAAGGGACAGACUUGUCCUGCUCUCUUUUCAUACCGGCCUCGGGUAGAUACAGAUUGUGUAAGCCUUUGGAAAUUCCAUGUCAUUAUAUUGUGUCUGUUCUGUGACCAUAACGAAGCAUGGCUCCUAUAAUGAUCAGUGGUGCUUUUAUACACACCUUUCUGUCUGGUAGAGUUCAACUCUGAAAUUCUAUCAGCAAGAGAAAGAAAAGCAAUAGUCAGAUUAGAUGAAAUAACAGGGAUACUUCUCGCCGCCUACCUUCUAUCAAUGCCAGCACAUAAGCAACAAACUGGGGUCUCUUAUUUAUCUCUUUUGAAAUAAAUAGAAUCCCCCCGUUCUUCCAUCGCCUUUAUUUUAAUUGCCAUAACUGUUUUAACAACGAGCCUUGAUUCAGGGAAAAUCAAGGUCAUUUAAGAAAUUAACCGCCAUUUUAUGUUGAAAAAAUAUAUAUAUAAAGUGCCACUUAAAACGAUGUUGUGGUAUUGCAGGGUAUAUAGAUCCAGGUUAGCAGAUGAGGUUUAAACAAAAAAAGAUUAAUAUUUUAACAAAAUAAAAAGCCUCCAAGGAACAUAUUCAUUGAUAAAAGAAAACUCAUUACAUUCUUCAUGAAUCUGAAUUUGAAUGGCAAUACAAAAUGGCAGGUUGGACAAAAGUGCAAAAAGUAUGUUUGGUUUUGUGUGAGACUUCUCAGUGUGUGUUUUGUGAUGCUCAUUUCCAUGUUGUGUGCUUUGGUAAAUAAAUGCAGUUUCAUUCUUAAUUACCCCUCAAAUUAGUAGUGUUAGUACAGCAGAAACAGUUACAGUAAUGAACUGGGCCUCAUCUCAUUUUGCACUUGGUUGUGUUGAAUUGCGGCUCCAACUUAAAAUUAUAUUUAGCCAAAACCUUUUUAUUAUAGGGAACUGAACAUUUCAACAUGACUGCUCUGAAGUGCCAGAGUUCUGUUUGGAAAAGGGCACAUUAUUAGGGUAGUGACAUUCUGAGCAGACUGCUUAGACAAGGGUUCUUCAACUGGAGGAUCUCAGCUGUUUCUGGACAAGUAGUAUUGCUGGGGUUACUGGAAAUGCUAGUUCCAAAACAGCUGCAGAAUUGUAGGUGAAGCGACAAUGGUUUAGACUGCACCCCCAAUUUCUUGGGGAAAAGUUAUUUAUUAAAAGCCUGCUUUUGUAACUCUGAGCCCUACUUUGUAUGUGUAUCAUGUAUAAACCUGAUAUGCCGAAACAAGCAAUGCUAAGAUUGUUCAUCCUGAUUUGGAAUAAGAGAUGGGGUGGAAAGCAGUAUGGUGCCGGACUUGAAGUUUAGCACAAAUAAUACUAAUGAUAAAGUUUAUAGGUAUCAUACCCAAGCAAUCUACAUUCUAUUCCAUAUCUUGUGCUCAGGAUGCAGAACACUUGGUAAAACCAAGGAAUGAUGGAACAAAAUGAAAGGGUGAUGUCUGUCUUUAUUCAUUCUAGUACCUUCUAACUUUGGGAUAUCAAAAGGGCAAGUUUCUGAACAUUCAGCGAUGUUUUAACAAAAAUCGUGUGCGGGGGGAGGGGAAACCUUUAAAUAAGCUACAUUAUAAUGUAACCUGUGACAGAAUUCGUGGAAAUAAUAUCCAAGUUAUAAUAUUAAUAAAGAGACAACUUAUUUAAUGUUCUAACGUAAACAAAGUAUUGCACCCAGCACUGUCACAAGCAGCUUUUUCCACUUCUAGUUUGGCGCAUAAAAGGUUGGGCUUUAUAGUGAAUUGCACACUGGCUGGUGCUCGCUAUGAAAUUAAUGUGUGUGUGUUUUCUCCUACAUGCGCCUUACGUUGAUCAUGCACAAGUGCAUUUUGCCCAAUUUGAUGACCUCUGUGCUCGGUUAAAUCAUGCUGAUGCAAUCAUUGCCCCCCAGGAAAAAGAUGGCAUAAUUCAGGCCUAUGCACACCCACUGGAUGAAGACCACAUAAACAGGAGGCUGCUUGCCUGUAUGGAUUUUCUAACCUGCCUGCAUUUAGGCACACAUCUAGGCACAAGGGGCAGCCUGAUCUUGUGCAGCCUUACCACUCUAGCACAUGUCCUAGGUAAAAAUGAAUGAAAGCAGUAUGUGUGAAUGGUUCAUAUCUUCAGCUGAUUUACUUUCUUUAUAACUUUGUUUAUAUUUUGAGUUUCAAUGUAAAACUCUGUGAAAAAUCAGCACUGGGAGUUUAAUAAUAAAAAUAUACAGUAGCAAGUCACACAAAGUGUUGCUAUCCAACACGUACUCCUCUUGGCACUCCAUGACUUCUUCAGGGUUGCAGGGACCAUUUUUGAACUUUCAGAGCCGACACCUACUAUUGCGAAGUGUCCCUUUGUUUCUGUGCAAAUGCCCAAGCUGAGCAGCAGGUCAGGAUCCCUUUUUAGAAGUUUUCUUACGCAAAAACUAGCCGUUGUGGUGACUGGCAAUCUACAGGAGGCUCUAUUUGGUAGUACACCUGGUUUUUAUGCAACUAUAACUUGCCUCCAAGCCAGAAAUCCAAAAAUAAGCCACUCAGAGCCACAUCCAAGGGUUUGGUGAGCAACAUGUUCACAAGCCACUGUUUGGGGAUCACUGCUCUAACUAAAAGAAUUUAGGUUUUGAAGGCUAGACAAUAUUGCAGUCAUCCAUCAAUAUUGCUGGGAUUCAAGUAAAUCUGUUCAACACUGAGCCUUUAUAACCCUUGUUCUCAGCGACUUUAACCAUUAGCCCCAUUCUGUCUUCUGAACUGAGCCGUGUCUUUUCCUAAUAUUUCCCUGUAAUGUUACAUAUUUAUAAAUAUAAUGAGUGAUAUGUCUUUAAAGGAUGUCUGUGGAAAUGUUAGUGCAUCUAAACUUGUUUUUUUCUUUAUUAGAAAAACAAGUUUAUUUGCCACUGGUGUGUAAUUGUGAACCGGGGGAAAUGUUUAUUCUGGAGGUUAUACAGUAGUACUGAGUACCUUUUCCGCACUGUCAUUCCUCUGCUGUUAAAAGGCAUUCAUAUUUGAAAGGGCAAUAAGAAUUUCUAAAUCUUUUUGUAGCCUCAAAUUCAGUAUCAAUAAAGCAAUGUAGGGAGGAUGGUGGCUACAGUCUGCCCAUGAGUUGCUUAAAGUGCACAUUUUGGGAAGCUCAUUCAUCCUUUAUCCUGUAUGUGGAUUGCUUAAAAAAAAAGAGGCACAAGAUUAGCAAACUUCUGUAUGAGUGACUGAUGGGAGGGUUUUAUUGUCAUUGGUCAUUUUAAGGUCAUGGUUUGUGUUUUAAAAAGGGAGAUAUGAAGCACUUAUAUGUUCUGCGGAGGUAAGCUGGAUAAACCAUUUCGGUGAAUAAAGAAUGAUCUAUCUUU